UGUGAAGGUCGUGUUGAAGUCUAUUACGCUGGAUCCUGGGGGACAGUGUGUGAUGAUUCUUGGGAUCUCAAUGAUGCAAAUGUUGUGUGCCGGCAGCUUGGAUGUGGAUAUAGUGUUGCAGCAAAGACCAAUGCCUAUUAUGGUCAAGGCUCAGGAAAUAUUGUCCUGGAUAAUGUGAGUUGCAGAGGAUGGGAAUACAGUCUAUGGGACUGUCCUCAUUUAGGAUGGCUCUCUCAUAACUGUGCUCAUUCUGAAGAUGCUGGUGUCAUCUGCUCAGCUGCUGCUGGAUAUCCAGCUUCUCCAUCAACGGUUCUUCUGUGCUUGCCAGAAUACAUGCAUGCAGUUGUUAAGAGAGCCUAUCUCCUCUCACAAGGCUACAUUGCAGAGAAUGUCAGCUUGAAUGACCCUUAUUGUAAACCAAAGAUUACAACAAACGAUAUUAUAUUCAACAUUCCAUAUAAUGGCUGUGGCACAAGACGAGAGGGAAACAGCAAUACUAUCAUGUAUUCCAACUUGAUCAAAGCAACCUCUUCUGGUUACAUAGUCAAAAGGGAAAAAGAUCUUCACUUGCAUGUCAACUGCAAAAUGCUCCAAAACACAUGGAAAGAAAUCAUGUAUGUUGCUCAGGAUGUGGCUGAGGAUGUUACUGAGGUCAAUGAAACUCAGUACAGCAGAUAUGACAUGAACAUUUCGUUCUACGAAUCACCAUCUUUCUCACGGCCAGUGUAUGACUCUCCAUACUACGUUAGAUUGAACCAGAAUUUAUUCCUUCAAGCUUCAAUUCACAGCUCUGACCCAAAUCUGGCGUUGUUUUUGGACACAUGUGUGGCAUCACCUGUUCCCAGUAGUGUUACAUCCACGACCUAUGAUAUUAUCAGGAAUGGAUGUGCUAGAGAUCCUACCUACGGUACAUACUAUUCACCCUACAGCUCCACCAUACGCUUCAAAUUUAAUGCCUUCAAGUUUGUUAACCAAUAUUCAUCAGUUUACCUGCAGUUUAAAAUGGUGGUGUGCAGGGUAUAUGAUUAUUCUUCCCGAUGCUACCAGGGCUGCAUACCCAGGUCCAAAAGAGAUACCAGCUCUUACCAAGAAAAAGUGGAUGUUGUUGUUGGGCCAAUUGAGCUUUGGAAAGAAGGCACUGAGAACAGGAAUGCUGAGCUGGACUAUUCUGAACAUCAGGAAGAUGUGGAUUCCCGUGGUUCACUUACCACUACUGCUGGUCAUUCCCAGGCUCCAUUUAUUGUUACGGCUGUGGUGCUUGCAGCUGUUAUUUUCACUCUUGUUGGGUUUCUUUUGAAAAGUAAACUGAAGAGACCGAUUCCAUACGAGAUAAUUGGGGAAGGGCUGGGUGGUGGUAUGGCCCGUGAUAUACAGGAGAUCAGGUUAGAUGAACUGGUGGUUCCUUCUGGCCUUAAUUUCUAUGACUAUGAUUUGCAUAUCUACAACCAGGUGUGCAAGGAGGAAGAAGAGAUGUUCAACGAUGAUGACUGGAAGCUGAUGGACCCAGCAAAUAAAAAUGCCAG